GAAGAAGAAUGUUCGCAUAGUUUUUACUUCACAUUUUGUAAAUAUCUGCGAUGUCGGACUGACUAUAAUGUCAAAUCUACAAUGGAGGACAGACUAGACGAGGGAAACUCUGACUGGAUGUCCCGUUUGCCUGAGGAGUACCUCGACGUGUCGCUGUGGAACUUGGCUCUUCCCGGGAGUCACGACAGCAUGUCUUUCUGUCUGGACGUGUGCUCUCCUGUCUUACAAUCCGAGUCGUGGGUCCUUAGAGGGCUGGACAAACUCGCUCCGUGUUGGACUCGGCGCUGUGUGUUCCGCUGGGCCACCACGCAGCAAGCUGUGCUCAGUCGCCAGUGUGACCUCGGCAUUCGCUUCUUGGACCUGCGGAUCGCCAGGAAGCCAAAAGACUGCUGCAACUUAUUCUUUGCCCAUGGCAUCUACACACGGAUUACUGUCAAGGAGGCCCUGGACGAACUGGCCACCUGGUUGGAUGCUCAUCCCAGAGAAGUUGUUAUCGUUUGCUGCUCCCAUUUUAAUUUUUUGACCCUCAGUGACCACACAAAGCUUGUAGAGUAUUUAAUCUCGCUGUUUGGACCCAAGCUCUGCUCCUCACAGGACAAUCCCACUUUGCGAUCCUGUUGGUCAAGAGGUCAGCAGGUCAUUGUUUCCUAUGACAACCAGGAGAUGGUGCAGGAUCACCCUGAACUGUGGACUGGAAUACCUUACUGGUAUGCUGACAGCCCUAACCCCGAGAAGGUGGUCGCCUACUUGGAAGCUCAGAAGCGCAAAGGAAGACCAGCUGGUUUUUACAUCAGUGGCCUGAACCUCACCGAACACGCUCCGUACAUCUUCUUCCACCCUUUGCAGAGCAUGAGAAAGAUGACGACCAAGGCCCUGGCGGUGCUGCUCAGCUGGGUAAGGGACCAACGGCCGGGACCUGAGGUGGACCGUGUGAACAUCAUCUGCUGCGACUUUGUGGAUGUAAGUCACUUCUGCGAUUGUGUGAUUGGCCUGAACUAUAAAGGCGGAGUGGACCGAGCCAAUAAAAGACUGGCUUGUCAAUCCGCAUGCUGAUGGCGACAAAAACAAAAAGUCCCACUGAUAUAUCUUCAACUAUCUUUUUUUCCACUUAUGUCUUUUUUGAUAAUGUAUAUACUGUUGUGUUUUGCAUACCAGGGAUAUUUUUUUCCCCAAAAUGUGUUACUCUAACAAAAAAUAUAGACCAAAAACUAAUGUCUACUACAAGGGACAUAUCUCAGGAGGAUAUUGUUUGUAAUGUAUUUUUUUGCAACGUCCUGCUGAAGUUUAGUCCAGGACAGGAGUAACCAAACUACAGCCUGCCAGCGUCCACAAUCUGGCCCAAGAGAGGUCCCAAAUAAAUGAAAAAAAA